AUGGGGGUCCCUGCAGCUCCUCUCAUGCUGCUGCUGCUGCUGCUGCUGCUGCUGCACCCUGUGACCCCCAUGAGCCCCACAGUCCCCACGUCCCUCUGCUUUGGCGUGCUGGGGGAUGAUGCCCAAGACCUGGACCUGACCAACAAAACCCGUGGAUGUGCCGAGCUGGACUUGGGCCCUUUCUACCAGAAGCGACGGCUGUGCCUGAGCCACAACGGCAUGGGCCCUGAGCCCUCAUCCCGCCUCGGGCCCGGGCUGGAGAAGCUGGACCUGAGCUACAACCGGCUGCGGGAGCUGCCCGAGGGGCUCUUCACCCACGCCAAGGCCCUGAGCACCCUGAAGCUGGAGGGGAACCCCCUGUCUGCCGUGCCCCCCGACGCCUUCCAUCCCUCCCUCACCUCCCUGACCGUGUCCUGCCGCUGCGACGUGGUGGGCACCGUCCUGACCCCCUGUGCCCGCCCGGCCACCCGGUGGUGCCGCUGCUUCACGUCCCCCCAGGAGUCCCUGAACGUCACGGAAUUCCACGGCCGGGAGUGCGGGGUCAGCGCGGGGCUGGUGGGCGGCGUGGCCGGGGCGGUGGCCGCGGUGGCCACGCUGGUGGCCGUGGGCGCUGCCCUGGUGUGUUCUCGGCGGAGGAGGGCGGGGGCCGCGGUGGCCGGGGCGGGGUGGGGGAAGCAGGACCCCGGUGCGGGCGUCCGGCAGCCCCAGUACGUCAGCCGGGACAACGGGGUUGGCACCAACGAGGUCGCCGAGGUCGCCGAUGUGCCCGACUACGAGAACGUCUUCGUGAGCCCCGGCACCGCCCCGGCCACCAAGCAGAGAUGGGCACCGGGAUGGAAGGAACAGAGGUACAGCCCCCAGGUCCCGGAGGAUGAGAAUUAUUUCCUGGAGAGUGAGGCUGAUCCCGGGGACCAGCCCAUCUACGCCAACACUCUGGGCCCCACCGAGGACGUUUACAUCGUUCCCGACCACUGAGGGGACUGGGAGGGACUGGGGGGGGACAGGGAGGACACUGGGGGGACUGGGAGGGACCCUCUGCCCCCCGCUGUCUUUCUUCCCCUGCUGUCCCCCCACCCCAGAGGGGACAGGGACGGGCGCUCCCCACGGCUCCACGGGUUUCCCCACGGCCGUGGUUCCCACGCGACGUCUCCUGUGGGAAUGCCACCCUGGGGGGGGGUUGGUUUUAACACCCCCCAGCCCCAGGCCCUGCCACGGCCCCAGUUCCCACCGCAGGGCUCAGCCAGGGCUGAGCUGACACUUCCUCCCGGGGCCGGUGGCCACCGACCGCGGGGACGCCGCAUCCGCCGGCAGCCGGAGCCUUCCGGCCCCGGGACGCACCCGGGGCCCCCGGGGAGGAGCAGGGCCCGGGGGUGACCACGGCCUUGGGUUCCUCUUCCCCUUUUGGGGCCGAUGGGGAGCGCUGGGGGCAGCGCUGGCUCGGGGCCGUGCCGGUGGUUGGGCACAUCCAGGCCUGGCUGUGCCCCCCGUUCUCCUCCUGCUCAAUCUGCCACUCGGGGGAACGGAGGGAAAAUCCCUGGUUUUAGUCCUCCUGGUGGGACCCCGAGUUGGGCACCCUGAGGUGAAUGGCAGCCUGGGGGACAGGGGGACCCCCCAUGCCUUGUCUGGGUGUCCCCUCAUUUGUCCCCCCCCACCUUGGCCCCUGUGAGGCUUCACCGUGCCCAUUAAAUGGUUUAAUUGUCUUUAAUUACCCAUGGAGCUCGUGGUCUGUGGGGAGCCCUGGGCAGGACACAGGGCUUUUCCCAGUGGAAUGUCCCUGGAGCUCC